AUGCUUUUCUUCUCGUCUGCUCCUCUUGGUCUGAUAAUUGCUCUCGUCAGCACCCUCGCCUCCACAUCCGCGGCAUCCACUCGCUCCAGCCCCCUCCUCUCCCGCCACGUCCUCCAUGAGCGCGGUUCCAUUCCCCCCGGCUGGUCCCUACGCCGCCGUGCGGACCCCGACAUGACCCUCCCUCUCAGGAUCUCUCUGCAGCAGUCCAAUCUCCACCUCCUCGACGACUUCCUGCUCGACAUCGCCGACCCGGACUCCCCCAACUACGGCCGUCACUGGACCGCUGCGCGCGUCAAGGAGACGUUCCGCCCCGCGGACGCGUCCGUCGACGCUGUUCGUGCAUGGCUCGCCGCCGAGGGCAUCGCUCCCGCCCUCAGCCAGGACGGCGUCCACCUCCGCGUCGACCUGUCCGUCGCCGACGCGGAGCGCCUCUUUGCGGCCAAGUACUACGUGUACGGCCAUGAGGAGAGCGGCGAGGAGCACGUCGCGUGCCACCAUGGCUACCAUCUGCCCGAGCACAUCGCGGAACACGUCAAGGUCGUCACCCCCACCGUCCAAUUCGGCGGGAUCACUGUGCUCGGCGCUCCCGGGUCUGCCUUCGGAAAGCGCGCCCCCAAGACGCCCGCAGGUCCGGCGGGCGGGAUUGGCAGGGUGGGCGGCGGAAAACGCACCAAGCGUCCCAUGGAGGCCAUGGCCUCCAUGGAGGACCUUGCGAACUGCGACGUGACCGUGUUUCCGGACUGCAUCCGCGCUCUGUACAACUUUAACUACACGUUCCAAGAUCCGGAACACAACUCAAUCGCUGUCGUUGAACUCGAAGGCCAGACGUAUCUACCCGACGACCUAACUACUUUCUUUAAGAAGUUUGCUCCCGGACGGGUUGGACAGGAGCCCACGCUGGUCAGCUUUGAUGGGGGCCAUACGAACUUCUCGGAGACCGAUAUCAAUGACAUCGGCGAGUCCAACAUGGACUUCAUGCUCGUCAUGGGCCUGACGCCUCCAGAGCAACAAGUUCAGUUGUACCAGCUCGGCGGCGAAGAUCCCUUCGACGCCAUGCUUGCCGGCUUCGACGCCUCCUUCUGCGACUUCAAGAACGCGACCGAGACGUACCCGAACCUCGACUGCGGCAACAAGCCCCCUCCCGCAUAUGUCGUCUCUAUCUCCUAUGGCGGUGUGGAAGACCUCUUCGGUCAGGCCCCGUUCUCGCAACAAGCCUGUGCUGAGUUUGCCAAGCUAAGCCUCCUCGGCGUGACCUUCGUCGUCUCCUCCGGCGACGACGGCGUCGCCUCCGCCCUCCGCGGCUCCUGCGUGCUCCCCGACGGUUCGCUCGGCACCGACUCCGGCGCCUUCACCCCCUCCUUCCCCGCCUCCUGCCCCUACGUCCUCUCCGUCGGCUCCACCCAGAUCGACGUCGGCGCCCCCGUCUCCGCGCCCGAGUCCGCCACGACCGCGUUCUUCUCCGGCGGCGGCUUCAGCAACCUCUUCCCGCGCCCGCGCUACCAGCGCCGCGCCGCCGCCCGCUUCCUCGCCGCGCACGACCCCGGGUACGGCCCCGGGGUGUUCAACCGCACCGGGCGCGGGAUCCCGGACGUGGCCGCGAACGGGUGGAACACGACGGUCGUGCUCGACGGCGCGUUCGCGAACCUGGGCGGCACGUCCGCCUCCGCGCCGGUCUUCGCGAGCAUGCUCGCCGCCGUCAACGACGCGCGCGGCGCGGCGGGCAAGGGCCCCGUCGGGUUCGUCAACCCGGCGCUGUACUCGCACCUCUUCGCGGGCGUGUACCACGACGUCGUGAACGGGAGCAACCCGGGGUGCGGGACCGGCGGGUUCGAGGCGGUCGAGGGGUGGGACCCUGUCACGGGGCUCGGGACGGUCGACUUCGAGAAGAUGUUGAGCAGGUUCAUGCUCCUGCCGUGA